AUGCCAAAAACCGUGGCUUACCUUAAGUAUAAAGGUGCUAUAGAAUUACUAGGUUACAACAAAGUGGAUGACAAUACAUUUCCUAAUUUGACACCGAUGCUACUUGGUAUCAAAGAAACUGAUUUAAAAAGAACUUGUUGGCCGGAUACCAAUGCUAACUUUGAUAACUGUCCAUUUAUCUGGCAGUGGUUUAAAGAAGCUGGAUUCCAGACAGCUCUAGGAGAAGAUACUGCCAAAUUAGAUAUCGAUGAUCAAUGGUGUACUUGUCACAAAAAUAUAAAAAUAUCCACAAGUAGCUUUGACGCUCAGGAAGUAGCCGAGGAACUUGUGGAACAUUUGAAUGGUUAUUUAGAAGAACACAAAGAAUGUGCAAAACUUGCACUUUCCGAAGUGUUGCACGUAACAGAGAUGAUGGUAGGGACGCCGAGGAAGGACGAGGUGGGGUGGCGAGAGUUCAUGGCAGUGGUGCGCACGACUCCCGGGGACGGCGUGUUUGAAGGCACGCUGCGCAAGCACAAGGACAAGUGGAGCCUCGCCGGCGCCAUCAGUCGGCUUAACCUGUACGGCAACCAGAGCCACUGCGUACACCACUACCAGCUCAAGUUGUAUUGUUACUGUCAAUGA